CGGGCGGCAGCGGUGAGGGCCCGGCCCGGCCCGGCCAUGUCGUCCUUGCGCGGCGCCGACCCCGCGCUCCGCAGAUACUUCCAGCGCCACGGGCUGCCCGACGUCUACGAGGCUCUGCUAUGUGGUAUAUUUAUUAUGUGUCCACAAGAUCCACUUAAAUUUUUAGAGGAAAAGAUCAGAGAAAUAAUGGAAAAAGGAUUAGAUGGUAUUUUAUGGGAUAUGUGCAUUGAUCCAUCCUUAAAGCUAGAAUUAAAGAGGAUUUCGGAAACUUAUCUGCACAUCAUUUUUGGACUAAAUGAUAAACAGCUGAUGACUGAAGAGUUAUGUGGCAAGGCAUGGAACUUCCACACCAGAAACUUAAAGAAUAUGUGCUUUCAAGCAUGGAUGCAGUAUUGUCUUUUGAAAAAAGAAGCUAAAAGAGAUGCAGAGCAGAACAUGGCUCUUGCAGCAGUUCACUAUAACUCCAGAAUAAUAAAAGUAAUUGUACAGAAAUGGAGUGGCUGGGUUCGGUUUCACAGGGAACAAAUGGCAUUGGCAGCCAGGAAAAUACAAUGGGUCUUUAAUGUUAAGUUGCUCAGAAUUAUCUUAAAGGCAUGGCAUGUAAAAGCGCAGAGUUCUGCAAAAACAAAAGCUUACUUUGAGCAAUUGGAAAAGGAAGACCAGGAAGAAUCUUUUGAUUUACAUCAUUGUUUCUCUUCAGAACUAAUCAAAGACAAAACAUCAACCUCAAGAAUAGUCAGCUAUGAAAAGUCAAAUUUACCAGAAAGAGCAUUAUUACAGAUUUUUCACUACACAGACUUAAUUGAUCUAGCAAGGUGUGCUCAAGUUAGCAGAACCUGGAUGUCAGUCACACAGAAUAGUUCAUUAUGGAGUGAUAUUGAUUUUUCUGCAGUAAAACACAAGAUUCAAGACAAAACAGUAGUUAAUAUUUUGCAGAAGUGGCGUCCAUAUGUGUUACGUUUGAAUCUUCGUGGUUGUUCUUCUCUUCACUGGCCCAGCUUUAAAAGUAUUGGUGAAUGUAAAAAUUUGCAAGACAUAAAUCUCUCUGAAUGCCGGGAAUUAAACGAUGAAUCAAUGAGACUUAUCUCAGAAGGGUGUUCAGCUCUCCUAUAUUUAAAUUUGUCAUACACUGAUAUUACCAACGGGACACUAAGAGUUUUGUCAAGGAACUUCUCCAAUUUACAGCAUUUGAGUUUAGCUUACUGCAGAAAAUUCACAGACAAAGGCUUACAGUACCUGGGCUCCGGGAAAGGAUGUCACAAACUCAUCUAUUUGGACCUUUCAGGUUGCAUUCAGAUCUCUUGUGAUGGCUUCAGAUAUAUCGCCAGUGGCUGCAAUAAAAUCCAGCACUUGAUAAUCAAUGAUAUGCCAACUCUUACAGACAGAUGUAUUCAAGCUUUGGUUGAAAAAUGUCAACAGAUUACAUCUGUUGUCUUUCUUGACUCCCCUCAUCUCUCUGACACAGCUUUUAAAGCCCUUGCUGAGUGUAAACUUGUCAAGGUCCAAAUUGAAGGGAAUAAUCGGAUUACUGAUUUAAGCUUCAAGUUGAUGAGCAAAUCCUGCCCGUACAUCAAGCACAUUUAUAUGGCUGAUUGCCAGAAGAUUACCGAUGUUGGUCUUAAGACAAUUUCAUCACUGAAGUAUAUUCUUGUAUUGAAUUUAGCUGACUGUAUAAGAAUCAGUGAUGCUGGUGUAAAAUCAUUUUUAGAAGGCUCCUCGGGCGCAAAACUGAGAGAGUUGAACUUGACUAAUUGCUUCCAAGUCACUGAUGUCUCUGUUGUGAAAAUAGCCCAAAGGUGCCAUAAUCUGAACUACCUGAAUCUGCGAUAUUGUGAAAAUGUGACUGAUGUUGGCAUUGAGGCUUUAGGAAAUAUGUUGUCAUUGAUAUCCAUUGAUAUUUCUGGAACCAACAUCUCAGAUAUGGGCUUGGGAGCCCUUGGCAACAGUGGAAGAAUGAAGGAACUUUCUGUGUCAGAAUGUAAGAAGAUCACCGAUAGCGGGAUUCAGAAGUUCUGCCAAGGUGUGACAGAUCUACAAUACUUCAACGUCUCUUAUUGCCUUCAACUGACAAAUGAAACUGCUAAAGCUCUGGCGUUGUACUGCCACAACCUUACGUCUCUUAACUUAGCUGGCUGUCCCAAGAUGACCGACUUGGGUAUUCAGUAUUUGUCUAAAGUCUGCCAUUACCUCCACUUCUUGGACAUCUCAGGCUGUAUAUGUCUUACUGACAAAGUACUGAGUUAUCUUUGGAAAGGGUGUAAACAGCUCCGGAUUUUGAAGAUGCUGUACUGCCAAAAUAUUACCAAACAAGCUGUUCUGAAAUACUCAGCCAAGAUAGAGAAACAAGAAUACAGCAAUGCUGAACCUCCUUCAUGGUUUGGGUAUAAUCAGCCUAGUACUGUGGUCAAGCCCCAGAAGAAACACACAACAGGAACUGAAAAAGCAAAAUUGUGGAUUCGGAAUGAAAAUGAAGAAGCUGCAUAAUAUCUUUUAUAUUUUAACCAUACUUUUUUUUUUUAAGGGAAUAGUCAUUUAAUAAAAGGAGUUCUUUCUAGUUGAACUGGUAAGAGUUAGUGCAAGUCAAGUCUUUGUAGCAGGAUAAUUGAGGCCUACAUUUUAGGGCUGUCAACUAAUCACCAUUAACAAGCAUAAUUAAUGCAUUAGUUUUUUUAAUUCAUUUUUUUAAUAUGCAUUAAUUGCUACUGCUGGGUCCUGUGUGUUGGGGGAAAAGUGCCCC